CAAUUAUAUUUUAUUGCGGUAAUGAAGGUCCUAUCGAAAUGUUUUAUAAAAAUACCGGUUUUGUAACUUAGAUUCUUUCUAAAGAGUUAAAAGCCUUAGUAUUAUACAUGGAGCAUCGUUAUUUUGGAGAAUCAUAGCCUUUUGGUGACGAAAAAACAUCACUUUAAAAAGGAAAUAAUUAAUAUUUAACUUCAAUAUAAGCUUUGAGUGACUAUGUAGAAUUCCUUAUAUAUAUAAAAAAGUCCCUCUAAUGUUAAGAAAAAGAAUGUCCAAUAAUCGCUGUUGGAGGUUCUUAUGGAGGCAUGCUUGCAGCCUGGAUUAGAAUGAAAUUUCCAAAUUUAGUUGAUGCAUCUUUGGCUGCUUCAGCUCCUAUUUUUUAAUUUUUGAACCGUGAAAAUCUAGAUUAGACGAAAUAUUUUUAGAUUAUAACUAAUAAUUAUCCUUGUAGAGACAAAAUAAAAACUGCCUAUUAAAUAUUGCAGAAUUUAUUAAAUGAAAAGAACAAAAUUUUGGAGUAAAAUAAUAUUUUUUAAUAAAUUUCAUAAGCAAUGGGGCUGUGUUAGCCUUUGAAAAACAACACUGAUGUCUUAAACUUAAGAAAUUAUAUGGAUAAUGCCUAUUCUUAUAUGGCUAUGACUAAUUAUCCUUAAGAAACUACUUUUUUGAAGCAUUUACCGCCUUGGCCAGCUAAUUUUUCGUGUAUAUUUUUCCAAAAUAUUACUUAAUAGUCAUCAGUAUUUGAUUUAUUUUCAGCUGUUAGGAAUUCUACACGGACUCUUUAUGAUUUCGAUUAAAAAAAUAAUUGCGCAGAUAUAUCUUAAGCCGAUUAAACAGUAUCAGAUGAUAAUAUGGAAGGAUGGGACAUUUUAUCCUGCGCAGAUAUGGUUUUGCCGAUGUUUUCGAAUGGAAAAACAGAUAUGUUUUAUAACUCAACUUGGGAUUUAGAAACUUACAAAUAAAACUGUAGAAAAGCUUAUGGUGUUUCCCCGAAUCCAAAUUGGGCGCUUAAUUUUUACGGAGGAAGAAAUGAUCAAGAAAUGAAAGGAUUUUCUAAUAUUUUCUUUUCAAAUGGAAUGCUUGAUCCAUGGAGUGGAGGAUCUCCUACUUAGUUUAUAAAUGAAAAUUUACCUGUAUUUUAUAUGGAACAAGCUGCUCAUCAUAAUGAUUUAAGAUUACCGGCUUAAGGAGAUCCUUAAAGUGUGAUUUAAGGAAGAAAAUUAGAGAUUUUUUAUAUUAAAAAAUGGAUUAGAUUUUAUGAAAAUAAUAAUAAUUAAAGUUUUGAGGAAAAUUGA